UUUAAUCUAUGAAAUGUAAUAUCACAAAAGUGUAACUUAACACUAUGAUACCCUUGAAACAAUGCCACAGAUACUGUCCGACUACAUAAAUAUAUUUAAAAAAUAAAUAAAAUGCGUACAACUCAACGACAAAAGUGAAACUUGGUCGCGUUAGAAAUAAUUCAUAAUAAAUAUUGAAUACGAAACGGAUCCCUUUUGUUUUUAAAAAUUUUUUUAAAUAAUAUCAAGUCCAUCACGCAAAAACUUUUAGAAUAUCAUCUGUCGCGUUAAUUUUAAGAAACUAUUGUAUUGAUAGCUUAUAUCAUAGGAUAUAAUAAUUAAUCACGAAUUCGUAUAUAAAAAAUGAAUGGCUAUGUUAGUUAAUGUUCUAUACGUUUGUUUAUCGUUCUUUAUUAACACACUCGUGUUGUGAAUGUGCGCGAGCGGACGCGCAUGUGUAUGUGUGUGCGUGUACGUAUCUCGAUGACCGGACAUUUUCUAAGAUCUUUGGUCUUGACAUGUUGUCGUUACGUGUGAGGUCGAAAUAGGAAGCGCGGAAAUGUUAUCAGAUAAUUGUUUAUAAAAUAAAUAUAAGAAGCCUUGCAACACAUGUCAACAAUAACCGAGAUAUUUGAUUUUCAUACAAGAUAUAUAUAUAAUAAUAAUAUUAUAUAUAAUAUAAGUGUACAUAAUCAAAUCUUAAAUACCCCGUAAAAGAGAGCAAUUAAGUUUCUUAUCGAUGCGAUUUAUAAUCUACAUUUCGUGCCGGUGGUGGAUGGAUGACUACUCCGCGAGGGCUUGUCGACUGUCCGCCGGGCUUGGAACAACUUGGUAUGAUUGAUCAGCUCCUCGUCCAUCAAAAGGUCGAGCUACUCGAAGCUUUUGUCGGCUUCGAGACAAACAACAAGUACACGAUUAAAAACAACCUCGGCCAGAAAGUGUACCAUGCUGUUGAAGACAAUGAUUGUUGUACAAGGAAUUGUUGCGGACCAUUGCGACCGUUUCAUUUAAAGAUUAUGGAUAAUAUGAGUAAUGAGGUGAUCCACUUACACCGGCCGCUAGCGUGCGACACGUGCUUGUGUCCGCUGUUUAUGCAGAACUUGCAAGUGUCUUCGCCCCCGGGCACUCAUAUCGGCUCCGUGGAACAGGUGUGGUCGUUGCUAAAACCCUCAUUCACCAUCAGGAACGAAUUAGGGGAAAUAGUGAUGAGGAUAAAGGGGCCAUAUUGCACGUUCUCCAUAUGUGGUGAUGUGGAAUUCCAUGUAUACAAUAAACAUGCUGAUAGGAAGAUCGGUAAAAUAAGGAAGAGCUGGUCCGGGCUAGCGCGCGAAGCUUUCACCGACAGCGAUUAUUUCGGCAUAACCUUCCCGAUGGAUUUGGAUAUCAAGAUGAAAGCUGUUCUGCUUGGAGCGUGUUUCUUGAUUGAUUAUAUGUACUUCGAAAAAGUUGGAAAUCAUGAGCGGGUUCGUCCUUUAAUGCUGUAAGCGUAAAAAUAUUAUGGCAAAAUUUAAGUAAGCAUACAUACUCACUGCUUACUUCUAAAUGUUUUAAAUAAUGAAUGUUAAUGAAUCUCUAAGCGAAUUACUGUAGUUUUAAAUUACGCUAGAUCUAUAUGUGUACUGAUAUUGGAAGCUUUAGAUAUAUAUCCCUUUAUACACACAGACGUGGUUUGUUUAUUGUAAACACGGAGUUUUUGAAGAAUAUAUUACAUAGCACUAAUCGUGCUUUUGGCUUAAUAAAUUUAUUUUGCAUUUUAUUAGAUGUAAGCUUGUACUGCAUGUGUGUAACUUAAAAAAAAAAUAUAUAUAAAAAUAAUUUACUUUUUUACUCUUUAGUAAAUACAGUAAAUUAUCAGUAAUAUUUUUAUUAAACUUAUCUUUCAAAAUUCAGAUGAUGAAAAUUUUAUUUAGGAUAUUAUUUGCGUAAAGUCGCGAAAAGAGUAACUAUGCUAAAUUUUAAUUCAAGUCAGUCUGGGAUUUCGCUUAUAUCCUGACUGUAUAUAUACACCAAUGGCGUGGCGAUCUGUAGCGCCUGCUGCAGCGCCCUUUAAAGGAGUUGCAACAAUGUAGAAUGUAUAAGUAAAAAAUCUUAAAAAAAAAAAACAUGUAUGUGCCAACUUUCGUGGUGACGGUGUCAGUCUAUUAAACUUAAUCAUCUCAUCGUCAUUUUCUAAAAUCAUAUUACUCGUUUACCUUUACCGUCGUCAGACAAUUAUUGUUCAGAACUUCUUUGCUGACGCUCCUUCGUACAAGAACUGUCAUUUUCAAAGUUCUUUGGCAAAGAUCCAAUGCCAUUCUGACGCUUUCACAUAAA